UCCCUUAUAAGUAGCCGCGUGUCACGGCGGCCUCGAGAAGCCAACCGCGCCGCUCGUAACACACCCGCCGCCGCCUAGGGUUCUCCGCUCCCGCGCCGAGGAGAAGCCGGCAUUGCCGAUCCGACCCGCCGUUCCCCCUGCCGCCGCCGCCCUUAACCGUCGAUGGAUUUACUAAGGAACCCCUUCAAGGGAGUCGUCGCCGAUGUCAAAGGGAGAGCAUCUUGGUACAAGGACGACUGGGUUGCUGGGCUCCGUGCUGGUUUCAGGAUAUUGGCCCCUACCAUGUAUAUCUUUUUUGCCUCUGCACUCCCCGUCAUCGCCUUUGGAGAGCAGCUGAGCAGAGAAACAAAUGGUAUGCUGAGCACAGUUGAAACAUUGGCAUCCACCGCGAUAUGUGGGGUAAUACAUUCGAUUCUUGGAGGGCAGCCAUUGUUGAUUGUUGGAGUUGCAGAACCUACCAUUAUCAUGUAUACGUAUCUCUACAACUUUGCCAAGGAGGAGGCAGGUUUGGGAGAACAGCUAUAUUUGGCUUGGGCUGGAUGGGUCUGUAUUUGGACUGCUAUCAUGUUGUUUUUUCUGGCAAUGUUCAAUGCUUCCAAUGUGAUUAGCAGAUUUACAAGGGUUGCAGGAGAACUAUUUGGGAUGUUGAUCACUGUUCUGUUCCUGCAACAAGCAAUCAAGGGAAUUGUAAGUGAGUUCAGUUUGCCUAAAGCGGCUGAAAUUGUUGACCGCAGUUCACUGAUAUAUGAUUUCCAGUGGAUAUACGUCAAUGGCCUGCUUGGUGUCAUUUUUUCAAUUGGCUUGCUAUACACUGCAUUGAAGAGUAGGCGGGCAAGGUCAUGGCUGUAUGGCAUAGGAUGCCUUAGAAGCUUCAUUGCCGAUUAUGGUGUCCCGCUAAUGGUGAUUGUGUGGACAGCAUUAUCGUACACACUACCAAGCAAAGUCCCUUCAGGAGUGCCUCGGAGGCUCUUCAGUCCACUUCCCUGGGAGUCAAGUUCACUGGGACAUUGGACCGUAGCAAAGGAUCUGUUUUCUGUCCCUCCGGCAUUUAUAUUUGCAGCCAUCGUGCCUGCUUUGAUGGUUGCAGGGCUUUAUUUCUUUGACCACAGUGUAGCUUCACAGUUGGCGCAGCAAAAGGAGUUCAAUUUGAAGAAGCCUUCUGCCUACCAUUACGACAUUUUGGUACUUGGGUUCAUGGUACUACUAUGUGGUUUGAUUGGCAUCCCUCCAUCAAAUGGAGUACUUCCUCAGUCCCCAAUGCAUACAAGAAGCCUUGCUGUCCUCAAGGGUCAGUUGAUGCGCAACAAGAUGCUCCAAACUGCCAAAGAGGGCAUGACGAACCGUGCUAGCAGUUUGGAAAUAUAUGGCAAGAUGCAGGAAGUUUUCAUCCAAAUGGAUAGAGAAAAGAAUACUGAUUCUGUUGACAAGGAGUUGAAGAGUUUGAAGGAUGCUGUGCUGAGAGAAGGCGACGAAGAAGGAAAAUUGGCUGGAGAAUUUGAUCCAAGAAAACAUAUCGAAGCCCAUUUGCCCGUUCGGGUAAAUGAACAGAGACUGAGUAACUUGCUGCAAUCCUUACUGGUUGGUGGCUGUGUUGGGGCUAUGCCAGUUAUCAAGAUGAUACCGACUUCUGUCCUCUGGGGUUACUUUGCUUACAUGGCAAUUGAUAGCCUACCUGGUAACCAAUUUUGGGAAAGGAUAAAGCUUCUGUUCAUCGGAUCAACCCGACGCUACAAGGUCCUGGAAGGUCCACAUGCAUCUUUCGUGGAGUCAGUGCCUUCAAAAACAAUAUCUGUCUUCACGAUCUUCCAGCUGGUCUAUCUCUUGAUAUGCUUCGGCACAACAUGGAUACCAAUAGCAGGGAUCCUCUUCCCAGUGCCUUUCUUUCUCAUGAUUCUCAUCAGGCAGCACCUACUCCCAAAGUUUUUCGAUCCCAAUCACUUGAGGGAACUAGACGCUGCAGAGUAUGAAGAACUUGAAGGGGUCCAGAACGAACACACGCUGGAGGAAGAUGGCUCUAUUUCAGGAAGCUGUGACAGCAGGAACGAUGCCGAGAUUCUGGAUGAACUCACAACAAACCGUGGAGAGCUAAAGCACAGAUCCGUAAGCCACCGUGAAGAAAGGCACCUUCAGGUGCAUUCAAACGCCGUUCAGCCAAGCCCCCCGAGCGAAAUCGAUCGCUGGGGUUGGGCCAUGGCGCCGCCGUUCAUCUACCUGCGUCCCUCCGACGACGGCUCCGACGUGAAAGCUCUCAUGAAGGCGGCCCUCGACGGCGAUCUCCGCCGCCUCAAAGGUAUUGUGCAUAGUCUUACCCAAGGGAGUGGCGACCCCUCUACGAUUUUUUCCUUGAACAUGGAGGGAACUAGUGUGUUGCAGUGCGCCGCAUGCUCAGGCCAUCUGGAAGUUUGCAAGUACUUGGUAGAGGAACUUGGGGGGGAUGUGAAUGCUCCGGAAACUGGAGCUGGAGUUCCAGGUGUGACACCGUUUAUGGUGUCUGCCCAGUCUGGCGAUGUUCCUACUGUCAAAUACCUUCUUGAUCAUGGUGGUGAUCUAAUGAAAGCAGAUGGUAAAGGGCAAACAGUUCUCCACCAUGCCGCGUUCGCAGGAUCUUGCAGGGUAACAGAGUUUCUGCUUUCAAAAGGAGUGCCGGUCGACAUAGACUGUGGCCGUGGAACACCUCUCUUUACUGCUGCUACAAAUGAGAGGGACAAGACAGUGAAGAUUUUGUUGGACUACCACGCAAAUCCUAACACUAUUGUCGGCGGUGUUAUGAGUCCUCUAAUGAGUGCUCUUACUUACCGUUCAUUGAAGUGCAUGAAGCUACUCAUUAAGGCUGGUGCCGGUGUUAAUGGCAAGGGUUGCGUUCAGACGUCUUUGGUGUUCGCUACGUCGCAUGGAGGUUACACCAAUUUCAUCAAGUUUCUGUUGAAGGCUGGAGCUGAUCCUAAUAUACCUGAUGAUUUGGGUAGGUUGCCAGUAGAGCUUGCUGCAUUACGUGAUUGCAUGGAGGAGGUUGAAAUGUUGUUUCCUCUGACUUCCCGAAUUCCAAAUGUCCCCAACUGGAGCAUUGAGGGAGUAAUUUCUCAUGCGAAAAUUGAAGCGAAAAAGCCAAUGGAGCAACAGCACCGUGUAAGAAGAAAACUUUUGCUCAAGUCACUAGCUGACACAGCAUUCAGGCAGAAGGAGUAUAAGCAGGCAGCACAGUUUUAUGGUUUGGCGAUAGAUCAUGGAGAGAGUCCAAAACUGUAUGCAAACAGGAGUGUUUGUAAACUCUUAAUGGGUGAUGGUGAAGGUGCUUUGUCCGAUGCUAUGAGGUGCAGACUGCUGCGACCAAAUUGGGCAAAAGCUUGCUAUCGUCAAGCUGCAGCUCACAUGUUACUCAAGGAAUAUAAACAAGCCUGCGAUGCACUCUUGGAUGCACAGAAACUGGAUCCUGGAAAUGUCGAGAUUGAGACAGAACUACGGAAGGCUAGGGAGCUAAUGAAGAAUCCCUGAUGAGGGAGAGCAGUGAGGUGCUGCCAUGCGUAUUGGAAAGCAGGCUGCGACGCGUGCCAGUUUUCACCGAAGUAGAGCUAGCAGGACCUUCUAAGCCUUUUUUCUUCUUUUUUGUUAGGAAUCAAAACUCCGAGAGUUUAUGCGAAUCUGCCAAAACCAAAACUCGAAAAAGUUUUCAUGUGAA